UAACCAGGGGGUUUAUUCGGACACCCGGUAUAUGCAAACGAAUAAACAAAAUAGCGCCAUACAAAUUACAAAUCAAACUCAGAAGUCAGAAACCAAGGGUUUAUCAAAUUAGACGAGAUCGAGAUGAUUGUACGGACGCCACCUCGGAAACGCAAGGCCGAUUCGACGGCACCCGAAAGCCCCAAUUCCGACCACCGUCUCAUCAUUUUUGAGGAUCUUCCGGCGCCGGAGCCGUCUCACCAGCCCUCCCAACAUAUGCUUUGCACUUAUCAAUGCCGUCAGAUGGUUAAAGCCGACUUUUUCGAUGCUCUGAACAGUGCGGAGAAGCAGGCACGCGAUUCUCAAUCGAAAAUUGAGGCUCUGACUGAUGAUUUCGGAAAAUCAGAAUCCGAGCGGAAGAAAUUCCGAGAGCAGUUCUUGUAUUCAGAGCAAGAACUUGCUGCUGCUAAAGGGCGAGAACAGGCACUGCAAGAUCAACUCAUGAAAGAGGUUAAUGACUCUCAUGAGCGUAUCAAAAAGCAAUUUCAUCAGUAUAGUGAACUUGAGGGGAAGUUGGAAAAUGAAUUGAAUCUUCGUAAAAAAGCUGAAACUUUAGCAGCUUCUGCUGAAGAAAAGGCAAGGCUAUUAGAGAGGCAAUUAAGUAGUCUUACUGAAAGUACAGAGAGGGAAAAAAGCCGUCUUCAGAAGGAGGUUAUCCAGAUGGAAAGAGAGGCUAAACUUUCUGUUUCAAGGAUAAGUGCAAAUAUGGAAAGAAUGGAAUGCAGAGCAAAACAUGCUGAGACAGAAUCAAGGAUAUUGAAGGAGCAACUGGAAGAACUUAGGACACGACUUAAUGAGUGCUUACACCAGAAGAAUGAGGUGGAAAAAAAGCUAUCCAGUUUAAUGUCUCAAGAGAGUACAUCUACAGAUUCUAGUGUUUUAGUGAAGCACCUGCAAGAGGAGCUUAAACACUAUGAGUCUGAAGUUUGUGAGGCAAAAAAGUUGAGAUCUACUCAUGAAGAUGUUGAAUUGCUGAAAGAGAAAUAUAUAGAAGAGAAAGCUCGCAGAGAAAGAGCAGAAUUGGAUCUAACUAAGCUACAAGAUGUCCAGUUGAACACAACGAAGUUAGAGGAUGAAUUAUCUGCUUGGAAAUCAAUGAUGCAGGAAAUUCCUGGUGUAUCAUGUGCUGAUGAUGUGCCUCUUAAGUUUGCAGGUUUACAGAAAGAGGUAGUUGAUGGCAUGAUGAAAUUCGGGGAAACCACCGAGCGCCUGAAAAAGCUUGAGGUGGAUUUAGAAGCUGCAGAAGUGGGUAAGCAAAAUGCUGAAGCUGAUACGAUUUUGGCAAAAGAGAUGCUAGAAGCGUCAAAAACAGAGGUCAAACAUAUCAAAAUGAUGCUCUCUUCUGUUACUGAGGAAAGAGAUCGGCUGAAAUAUACUAUUGAGGAGUUCAAGAAGAACAAGAAUGUUGAAGCAGGUGGCGAAGUGGUCCCUGGAAAUAUUACUCAGCAGGAGCUUGAGUCAUCUCUUGUGAAGAAAGAAGAAUACAUAAAAGAGCUGGAGAAAAUUUUAUUUACUGAAAAAGAAGCGAGUACUCGCCGGCAGAAUGAAAUAAAGGUGCUCACCGAUAGGCUGAAUGAUGAGGCAAGAAGAAUAAAAUCAUUGGAGAGAGAAGGUGACCGUCUCCGUUCUGAGAUAUCGCUCUUGGAGUCAAAGCUGGGUCAUGGCGAUUAUUCAUCUGCAAGCACAAAAGUUCUACGGAUGGUAAACACUCUAGCCGUUGACAGUGAGGCAAAACAAACAAUCGAAGCUUUGCAGACCAAGUUACAAGAGACAAAGGAGAAACUACAAGCUGUUGAAGAAUUAAAGCAGUCAGGUAAUUCUGGCGCAAGUGUUGAUUCAUAUAUAUCUGGAAAGAUUGUGCAGCUUAAAGAGCAAAUUGCAACACUAGGAAAACGCGAGGAAAGAUAUAAGACUGUUUUUGCGGAUAGAAUCUCAGUAUUUAGAAGGGCAUGCUGUGAUAUGUUCGGCUACAAGAUUCUUAUGGAUGACCACCAUCGUGCUGAUGGGAUUCCUGUCACUCGUUUUACAUUGCACUCAAUUUAUGCUCAAAGCGAUGACGAAAAGCUUCAAUUUGAAUAUGAGUCCGGGAAUACCAAUAUUAUUGAAAGUGACUACACAUCGCAGCCUGAGAUAUCCCGUCAGGUUGAUAUAUUUAUUCGAAAAAUGAACUCAAUUCCAGCUUUCACUGCCAACUUGACUGUAGAGUCAUUCAACAAGCGGACACUUUCCUGAGGUCUAGCUACUCAAUUGCGUUGUUCCACCACCCCAAAUGGGGUUUGCUUGUAUAUCGAUUACAUUCCUUUUCAAACUUAUGUGAAUUUUAUUUCCCUAUUGUUAGUGAUGGUUAUAGAUUGUGCUAGACCUAAAAGAUCCUGCUUGUUUGGUCAGAAUCCCUUGGCUGUGUCAUGACAUACAUUCAGAAGGUAGGGAAAGGGUGUUAAAUAAUCAACUACCUAGAACUUGCUCAUCAUUCCUUGUUUUUUUUGUGUCUUCUAUUUUGUUUGAUCAGUUUUGUGUAUAUGAUUCACCCGUCAUAUUCAGAUGAGGAUAUAAAAUGCUCUUUUGAUUUUGCA